AUGUCAAACCUGGGAAAACGACGAUCUUGCGAAAGCCAAAACAACGAAUCGUCCGCGAAUAACCGAACCCUUCAUGUUAAGGAAGACACUAAAACUGAUCUAAAGCCCAAAUGCUUUAGAAUUGAAGAGAUUCCCAUCACCGUGACGGAAGAGGAGCUUCAGCGUCAGUUGGCUCAGAGUCUUGAUGGGCAAGAGUCGUCCAACAUUCAUCUGACCCUCGCGAGGUCAUUCGGCGACUAUCAGACUGCGACCUUUAUGUCAACCAGUAUCCCAAGAAAUCUGGAAUACCCUGUUGACUCGGAAUUCAUCGGCGUAACGCCAUUGUUUGAGCCAGAACAUGCUGAGAUAGACAUCAUUGCAGUUCACGGCCUAGGCAGCCAUGCGAUCGGCGGAUUCAAAAGUAAAGGGACCAACCAUGUCUGGCUACGCGACAGUCUUCCACACGAUAUUCCUAACAGUCGGGUUCUUCUCUAUGGAUACGAUUCAUCGAUCAUGAACAAGGAUCACAAAAUAUCAAUCUCCGGUUUAGGGAAGACCUUUUUGAACUCCUAUAAGACCUUUCGGAAGGAUACAAAGACAACCCAAAGGCCAAUCAUCUUCCUCGGCCACAGCCUCGGUGGGCUUCUGAUUAAAGAGGCACUGUGCCUCGCCUCGGAUGGCGAGAGAGAUGCCCAAAACAUGGACUUUUGCAAGUCUUCAUACGGGCUGGUGUUCUUUGGUGUUCCGAACCUGGGGCUAAAGCACGAAAGCCUCAAAGAAAUCACCCGUGAACAUCUAAACAAGCAACUCAUACUGGAUCUCUCGGUUGACACAGAAUCAGAGCCGACUUCUUAUCUUCAAGGCCUCCAGGAAAAGUUCAUUAGCUGCCAUCGAAAGCAAAAGCCGCCAAUGAAAAUCAUAUCAUUUUAUGAGGAGAAGAAAACACCUACUGUUGCGGUUGAUGAUACUGGAAAGCUAGGAAGAGCGGGUGAACCAUGCUUCAUUGUCACAAAAGAGUCAGCGUGUCGAAUCGGUUUUGAGGACGAUACACAAAGCCAACACCCACUGCCUUUUGAUCAUUCUGAUUUGGUCAAGUUUAUGCGUCUCGCAGAUCCGAGCUACAGGAUUGUCCAAGAUAAGUUGGGAGAUCUUGUUCGGGAAGGUUGUGAUUUUGUCCCAAGACGGUUCCAAUCAGAUAUCAAACUCUCUGAAGAACAGAAACGACAUUGGGAUGACUUGAAUGUCCCCGACUACCGAGCCUUUUAUGAAAAUAAAGAAAAGCUAGCAAAACCGGUUGAAGGAUCACUUCAAUGGCUAGUGAGCAAGGGAUCUCAAAGACCGCAAGGCGAGAAUAGCUUGCAGUACGAAGACUUCGAGGCAUGGAGAGACAACUCAAAGCCAUCUUCUCUUUUAAUACUCGGACCGCCGGGGAUGGGAAAAUCAGUACUAUCGAAAUUUGUGGUAAACCACAUCCAACAAUUUGUCAAAAACCGGCACAAAAACAAAGUCAUCUUCUUCUUCUGCAAUAUCAAGGAUGUCAAUGCACGAACGGCAUCAUCGGUUCUCCGGGCUUUAAUAGUGCAGUUAUGCACGGAUAAGAGAUACUUUCUGAAACUCCCAAAUAGAUUUCAGGCCCCGGGGGGUUCUAAAGCCUUUCAUUCGGCUACAUUUGAGGAACUCUGGGGAACUUUUGAUGAUCUGGUGCAGAGUCGUCAACAUAACCGGAUCUUCUGCAUUAUAGACGGGCUGGAUGUGUAUGAGACUGAAGGAAUGCAAAAUCUCGUCGCCAAGCUAGGAGAGAUGAAAGAACCAAUUCGGCUGUUCUUAACUAGCAGGCCCGAUGGGCCAGUUGGAAACUUCUUGUUGGGAACAAAACGAAAUCUGAGACAACCCAACAAUGACAUCGAAGUAUUCAUUACGAAACAACUAGAAUCGCUGCCGAAAAGUUUCAGCAAAUUUCACACAGACAUUCGUCGGGGGAUCUGGGGCCGUGCAGGAGGCACAUUCCUUUGGAUACACAUCGUACUGAAGAAGAUUCGCAGAUUGAAAUUUCCCACCCUCAAGAAAAUUAAAGAAAUCACCGAGGAGACGCCCCAGGAGCUUGACGAACUUUACACCAAUCUCUUCCGAGACGCCUGCAGAGGAAAACAUGCUAUUGCCAUUCUAGCUUGGGUCACAUUUGCCAAAAUCCCACUCUUUUUAUCAGAGUUGGAAACAGCAGUAGCGGUCAUGGUCACCAACAGCGACAAUUGGGUGGAUUGCCUCGAGGAGAAGGUUUCCCUCGAUGCUGAUUUAAUCAGAAAUACGCUGGGAACUCUGAUUGACAUUAUCGAUGAAAAGCUGUUUUUGAUCCAUCAAUCAUUGUUGGAUUUUCUCAAAAGUCGACCUCAGAUAUGGUACGAAGGAGAUUUGGAAUUGCGGCUUCCGCAACCGAAUCUCGAAUUAGGGAGAACAUGCAUAAGAUACUUGAGUUUUGGCAAUAUCACCAUUCGACGCGAUAGCAUCUCGGUUGAGGGAUGUUGGGCCCGCGCAACAGAGCCUACCUUCCUUCUAUACGCCUCAUCCUGGUGGCAUGAACACAUUGACAGCAUCCAUGACGUGAAAGACAACCUGGGCAUGUUAACAAGAGUUAUUCACUGCCUAAUCAAGGAACAUGGGCGACUUGGACUACGUAGUUCAUGGCUCCAUUCUCAGUCUUCAAUAUUUGACUUUUGUCUUGAGUUUGAUAUUGGAUGGCUUGCAAGGGGUCUAGCGGAUCCAAGCAUCCCAUGGGACUUUCCUCAUACCUUCUCGAGCCAUGAUCUGGUUGAAGCUGCACAAUGGGCACCGAAUGUGCUUAACCACUUACUGCAAGAUGGUUUUCAGAUCACGCCUGAGGUAAUUUUAGCGGCAGCGGGAGGCCCCAGUUGGGAGGAGUCACUCGAGAUUCUGCUGGAGAAGAGAGGCGAUGAGAUACAGAUCACGCCUGAGGUAGUACUAGAGGCAGUAAUGAGUUUAUAUGGGUGGGGGGCGCUUGAGUUUCUACUAGAAAAGAGAGGCGACGAGAUUCAGAUCACGCCUAAAGUGGUCACAGUAGCAGCAAGGGCGGGUUUUGAGACUCUAAAGUUACUACUAGAAAAGAGAGGCGAUGAGAUCCAGAUCACGCCUGAGGUGGUUACAGCAGCAGUGAGGGAUUCUGAUUAUGAGGGUAGGGUGCUAGAGGUGCUGCUAGAGAACAGAGGUGAUGAAAUUCCGACCACACCUGAGGUAGUUAUAGCAGCAGCAGGCCAUCGUUCUGACAAUUUCAAGCUGCUGCUGGAGAAGAGAGGUGACGAGAUUCAGAUCACGCCUGAGUUGGUUAUAAGAGCAGCAAGUGGGAGUCAUAAGAAUCUGAAGCUGCUGCUAGAGAACAGAGGUGAUGAGGUUCAGAUCACGCCUGAGUUGGUUAUAGCAGCAGCAGGUCAUCAUUCUGACAAUUUCAAGCUGCUGCUAGAGAAGGGAGGUGAUGAGAUUCAGAUCACGCCUGAGUUGGUUAUAGAAGCAGCAAGUUGGAGUCAUAAGAAUCUGAAGCUACUGCUAGAGAACAGAGGUAAUGAGAUUCAGAUCACGCCAGAGGUGGUUAUGGCAGCAGCAGGGUCAGAUGUUGAAACUCUGAAGCUGCUGCUAGAGAAGAGAUCUUAUGAGAUUCAGAUCACGCCUGAGGUGGUUAUAAGAGCAUUAAGUGGUUAUCAGAAUCUGAAGCUACUACUAGAGAAGAGAGGUAAUGAGAUUCAGAUCACACCUGAGAUAAUUAUAGCAGCAGCAGCAGCACGGGGGCCUUUUGGUGGUACAAAUCUAAAGCUACUACUGGAGGAGCGAGGUGAUGAGAUUCAGAUCACACGCGAGGUGGUUGCAGCAGUAGCAGCAAGCCAUUAUCCUGAUAGUUUCAAGCUACUAUUGGAGAAGCGAGGUGAUGAGAUUCAGAUUACACCAGAGGUGGUUAAAGCAGCAGCAGGGAUGGAUUCCGAAACUAUGAAGCUGCUACUAGAGAAGAGAGGUGGCGAGAUUCAGAUCACGCCUGAGAUGCUUAUAGCGGCAGCAGGGAAAGGGUAUGCAAGUGGUGUGCUAGAACUGAUGCUAGAUUAUAGAGGCGAUGAGAUUCAGACUCUGCUGAUAUCAAGAGAUCUCGAUAGUGGGAAGAAGAUAGAGGAGUUGACAAGGUACGAGUUCUUAGAGUUGUGCGAAAUAGCUGAUGGGAAUUCUGGCUAG